AUGAGGUAUCUGGGCCUCAUCUUGGACGGCACCUGGUGCUUCAGGGAGCACAUGAGUCGUCUGGUCCCCCGGCUGAGAACAAUCUCGGCCUGCGUCGGCAGGUUAAUGCCGACAAUGGCACAGGUGCUCACCGGGCAUGGUUGCUUUGGUGAGUACCUGUGCCGAAUAGGGAGGGAACGCACGACGCAGUGCCAUCACUGCGAUCACGAUCACGACUCCGCGCAGCAUACGCUCCAGGACUGCCCCGCCUGGAGCGCAGAGCGAGUCGUGAUCCGGGAAUUUGGAUGCGAUCUCUCGCUCCCCACGGUAGUCGGGGCGAUUGUGGGGAGCGAGAAGAAGUGGGGAGUGUUGGCCUCCUUCUGCGAGGCUGUUCUCUCGCAGAAGGAGGCCGCGAAAGAGAUCCGCAGAACUCGGCAAAGAGACGGGGAUGACACGAGGGCGAAAGAGGGCUACUUGGCUGCCAGGAAGACCCUCAAAUUCGCCAUCGCCGAAGCCAAACGAGCAGCCUGGGAGCAAUUGACGAGCUCCUUGGACGACGAUCCGUAG